UUGUCUCCAACAGCGAACAUUAAAACAAAAUUUUUAAUAAAAAACUACAAUCAUAUAACAUACCUGCAUCUUAUUGUAAUUGUGUUAACUAUUGCGGCUUUUAUGUUCAUAAAUAGGAUAAAUAGAAGUUUAAAUUAAUAAACUUUUAUUGAUCAGCCUAUUCAAACAAGAAUAUCAUCCUGAGACUUGACGUUGAUCAGCUGAGUUUUGUUUUCGUUGCAUUUGAUACCAUCUUUGAUCGUAUUAUUAAUUGAAUAGGUAUUAGUAUUUUUUGGAAACAACAAAAGAAAAAAUUAAACUAUCAACUAUGAAUGAAAUAAAAUCUCUAGAACACGCAACUUUGAAGGUGCCAUAUGAAGUCUUUAACAAGAAAUACCGCAACACUCAGCGUGUAUUUGAUGUGGAGGCCCGUCAAGUGGUUGCCGCUGUUGGUGAUCUAGAUAAUGCUGUAAAAAGUGGAUCUACAGCUGGUGAAAUCAAUAAUUUGCUUGGUGGAAUGGUUGAAAAACUGACAACAAUGAAGCGUAAAGCAUCAGAUGCAAUAGCAGAGGAAGUACAAGCUGCUUUUGUUUGUAAGAAACGACUUGAACAUUUGAAAGAGCAAGCAGAGGCUAUUGCUGAACCAAAUUCGCCACAGAAUAAGACGGCAAUGACUCAAUGGCGUAAAGUGCGCCUGGACCGCAUGAUUGUCGAUUACUUCCUAAGGAACGGCUAUUAUGACUCCGCAAGUAAAAUGGCUGAUUCUCGUAAUCUUCGCGAUUUGACUAAUGCUGACAUAUACGCGGCCGGUGCAGAGGUCGAACGCGAGUUAUGGGCCCGUCGUACAUCUCGUUGUUUGCAAUGGUGUGCCGAUAAUCGAUCUAAGCUGCGCAAACUCAACUCCACUAUGGAGUUUAACACGCGGAUACAGGAGUUCAUAGAGCUGGUGCGUGGAGACCUGCGCCUGGAUGCGGUGAAAUACGCCAAGAAGCAUUUCUCCACUUACGAUGAUGGACAGCUAGAGGACAUACAGCAUUGUAUGGGAAUGCUCGCUUUUCCCAAGGAUACUGAAGUGGAACCGUAUGCUGGUCUCCUCCGUGCCAGUCGCUGGCAGCAGUUGGUCAGCCAGUUCCGUUGGGAACACGCCAGACUAUUACACCCGGCAAGGCUGCCAGCUCUACCCGUCACCUUGCAGCUUGGGCUUGCUGCGUUGAAUACACCUCAGUGCUACAAAGAGAGCACGAAGGUGUCAGGAUGUCCCGCGUGUCAGCCCCCCCUCAACUCGUUGGCCUCCACUUUGCCCCACGCACACUGCUCCCACUCGCGCCUUGUCUGCCGCAUCUCCAACAAACCACUCAACGAACACAACCACCCCAUGGUGCUACCCAACGGACAAGUGUACGGCGAAAAGGCCCUCAAAGAGAUGAUGAAGGAACAAGGCUCAAUUGUUUGCCCGAAAACGAAGGAGGUGUUUUGCAUGAAGCGUGUCGAGAAGGUGUAUGUUAUGUAGAUUAUUUUUAUUAUUUACAUCACAAAUUGUAUUUUAGUUCUUAUUAAUGAAAUCAUUGUGACUGAGCAAUCGCAAUUUUAGUAGUUAUUUUUUUGUAAUUUCUGUUUAGCAUUAGAACAAUUUUGUUUAUUCCAACUUUCUUAUACGACAAAUUACUGUUUGAAAUCCUCGGACUUGAGCCCAAUUUUUAAAUACAGAUUUGUUUCCUCACUCCAGAAAACUUGGUACUUUUGCCACAUUUUGUAAUGAAAUCUUCAAAUAAUGAGUAAAAAACUUGUUUGUAUGAAUUACAUACAAAAUUUCAUCACAAUUUUUUUCGAAGUCAUCUUCAGUAGAUGCUCAGUCAUUUAUAUAUAGGCGUAUUUUAAGAGGUGUCUAUUAAUAGUUAUAAUAAGUUUUUUUAUCGUACUGGAGCAGCACUGUGCCUGAGCGAAACCGAAAUUUUUAAAAAAAAUUUAAAAAAUUUCAAAUUUUAUAAAUUCUAUAUAUCCAAGGCUAUACAUAGUAGAGCAUAUUUUUAAAAAUUGUCCUUUGUUAACAUAGCUUUUACACAUUAAGAAAACGGAUUAAAGCUAUGGCUUUAAUCCGUUAAAAAAGUUUUAUUACUUUUAAAAAUGUCAAAUCACCUCUUAAAAUACGAACUAAUGUCUUAACGAUUUUAAAGUUUUAUUUCCCUUAGAAAUUAACGGACGAAGCUAUUAUUAUAUUUAUUUUUUAUUGGGUUUAUUCAUUAAAGGUGUUUAUGUACUCCAUUCUAACUAUAAGAAUCUCCUACAAUUUUCUAUAUACUGCCAAUCAUUGUAGGGAAAAUAAAAGUAUUUCCGAAAUGCAAGAAUCUUUAAUUCUUACUAUACACCUCUUUACGUGAGUUAAUAUGUUUUAUAAAGGUUACACUUUUGUGAAAACACUGCUGUGGCACUGUUUUUAUAAUUUGCAAGAGGUUUCGUAAUCACUAUUUGCGUUAUCGAUCUCGUGUACUACCGUAAAAUACGGUAUUUUCAAUAAAAGCCUAUUUUAUCUUGGUGCCAUGACAUAAAUGUCUCGGAAUAUCCGGUCCAUUUUCUAUGCUGUAUUUUGUUUAUCCUAACAAUCGAUAUUAAGGAAUGUAAUAGUUUGUAUAUCAUGUAACUUUAAAUAAAGGUAUCUAUGUAAA